AUGCCGCUGAUCAAAGACUUACUGGCGGAGGCGGCUAAAGGAAAAAUCUUCUCCAAACUGGAUUUGAGAGAUGCUUAUUUCAGAGUGCGCAUAAAAGAGGGGGAUGAAUCGAAAACAGUGUUCAACACGCCGCUGGGGCAGUUUGAGUACCUGGUGAUGCCCUUCGGCCUUCAGGGCGCUCCGGGGGUGUUCAUGAACUUAAUAAACGAGGUCCUACAUAAACACCUCUUCAAGGGGGUCCUUGUGUAUUUAGAUGAUAUCCUUAUCUACUCCCCCGAUCUCCCCUCCCACGUGACACUG